AUCUUCCCUCCUCGGCGGGCGAGGGUGGGGGGGGCGGGGGAGGCCGGGGCUCGCCCCGUGCAGCCACGAUGCUCCUGGACGCCGGCCCCCAGUAUCCCGCGAUCGGUGUGACCACCUUUGGCGCGUCCCGCCACCACUCGGCGGGCGACGUGGCCGAGCGAGACGUGGGCCUGGGCAUCAACCCGUUCGCCGACGGCAUGGGCGCCUUCAAGCUCAACCCCAGCUCGCACGAACUGGCCUCGGCCGGCCAGACAGCCUUCACGUCGCAGGCGCCCGGCUACGCGGCCGCCGCGGCCCUGGGCCACCACCACCACCCGGGCCACGUCGGCUCCUACUCGAGCGCGGCUUUCAAUUCUACGCGGGACUUUCUGUUCCGCAACCGGGGCUUCGGCGACGCGGCGGCGGCAGCCAGCGCGCAGCACAGUCUCUUCGCCGCCUCGGCCGGCGGCUUCGGGGGUCCGCACGGCCACACGGACGCCGCGGGCCAUCUCCUUUUUCCUGGGCUUCACGAGCAAGCGGCGGGCCACGCGUCGCCCAACGUGGUCAACGGGCAGAUGCGGCUGGGCUUCUCCGGGGACAUGUACCCGAGGCCAGAACAGUACGGCCAGGUGACUAGCCCACGGUCGGAGCACUACGCCGCGCCACAGCUCCACGGCUAUGGGCCCAUGAACGUGAACAUGGCUGCACAUCACGGCGCCGGCGCCUUCUUCCGCUACAUGCGCCAACCCAUCAAGCAAGAGCUCAUCUGUAAGUGGAUCGAGCCGGAGCAGCUGGCUAACCCCAAAAAGUCGUGCAACAAAACUUUCAGCACCAUGCACGAGCUGGUCACGCACGUCACCGUGGAGCACGUCGGCGGCCCAGAGCAGAGUAACCACAUCUGCUUCUGGGAGGAGUGUCCGCGCGAGGGCAAGCCCUUCAAAGCCAAAUACAAACUGGUCAACCACAUUCGCGUGCACACGGGCGAGAAGCCUUUCCCCUGCCCUUUCCCUGGCUGCGGCAAGGUCUUCGCACGUUCAGAGAACCUAAAGAUCCACAAAAGGACGCACACAGGAGAGAAGCCCUUCAAGUGCGAGUUCGAGGGCUGCGACCGGCGCUUCGCCAACAGCAGCGACCGCAAGAAACACAUGCACGUCCACACGAGUGACAAGCCCUACCUUUGCAAGAUGUGCGAUAAGUCCUACACGCACCCCAGCUCGCUGCGCAAACACAUGAAGGUCCACGAAUCCUCCUCUCAGGGCUCGCAGCCUUCGCCUGCCGCCAGCUCCGGCUACGAGUCGUCCACGCCACCCACCAUCGUGUCUCCCUCCACAGACAACCCGACCACUAGCUCUAUGUCGCCCUCCUCCUCUGCGGUCCACCACACAGCCGGCCACAGCGCGCUCUCCUCCAAUUUUAACGAAUGGUACGUUUAAAAUCAGAAACAAAACAUAGCGAACAAAACCCUAUUUAAGAGACUGAACACACAUGUAUAACAGUAUUAUUGAAAGAACCCUGCGAAUCAAAACAACCCCUCACACAGACCCGGCGAUCGUAUAUCUUUUUUUUUCCAACCUGACGUAGACCCAGGACUAAGAGAGGAAGCAGCAAGUCUUUAAUUUUUUUUUCUUUUCCUGUUCUUUCUUUUUCUGUUUUUGGAAAAGGCUUGGUAGCUCAAGGGCGGGAGGGGGUCGAAGAGGAGGCGGCAGCCUGACCAAAGGCCUCCAACCCAGAGGGGCCAAUCCUUGGAUGGAUCAGGCUCUCUGGGGCUGCAAAUUUUUGCUUUUUGCCCCCUAUUCUUCUUGCUUCAUUUUCUUGUAAAUACAGAAUUAUUAGCUUAAAUCUGUUCUGUUGGAUUCUGUAUAUAGUUACACUCGGUUGGAGUGGGUGGGUG